AUGGGAGUUCCCGCAUUUUUCCGAUGGUUGACAAAGAAAUAUCCAGCAACCGUUGUAAAUGCCAACGAAGAACGUAAUAGACUUGAGAACGGAAAACGUGCCCCAGUCGAUUGUACUCAGCCAAAUCCAAACUUUCAAGAAUUUGAUAAUCUUUACUUGGACAUGAAUGGAAUUAUCCAUCCUUGUACACAUCCAGAAGAUCGUCCUGCUCCAAAAAAUGAAGACGAAAUGUUUGCCUUGAUUUUUGAAUAUAUCGAUAGAAUAUUUCAAAUUGUUCGGCCAAGAAGAGUGAGUUCGAACUUUUGUGAAAAUGAUUUCAUGAUAGUUUUAUCUAAAAAUAUUUGUGUCGCGUGAUAUUUUUGACGUGACCAAAUUUGGGAUUUAGUUAUUCAUUUCAAGAAAAACGAUCCUAAUGAAAUAUGCGUACCAAAGAUGAUGAAUAAUUUUGUAGUUGUUGUAUAUGGCAAUUGAUGGAGUUGCUCCACGUGCCAAAAUGAAUCAACAACGAAGUCGUCGUUUUCGAGCAAGUAAAGAAGCGGCUGAAAAAGAAGCAAGUAUUGAGGAACAAAGAAGAAGGCUAGCUGCUGAAGGUAUUGCAUUACCACCAAAAAAAGAAAAAGAAGAACAUUUCGACAGUAAUUGUAUUACACCAGGAACACCCUUCAUGGCAAGGUUGGUAAACAUAGAAAGAAAAUGUGAAAUCAAAAAAAAAACGUUUCAGACUCGCUGAUGCUCUUCGUUAUUACAUUCACGAUAGAGUAACAAAUGAUGCUGCAUGGGCAAAUAUUGAGGUUUCUAGAGUUCUUCAUUUUUUUAAAGUUAUUUAUUUCGAUUUACAGAUAAUUCUUUCCGAUGCAAAUGUUCCAGGAGAAGGUGAACAUAAAAUUAUGGAUUAUAUCCGAAAACAACGCGGAAAUCCAUCACAUGAUCCAAAUACAGUUCAUUGUUUAUGUGGAGCAGAUGCUGAUUUGAUUAUGUUGGGACUGGCAACCCAUGAAGCAAACUUCAAUAUUAUAAGAGAAGAAUUUGUUCCAAAUCAACCAAGAGCUUGUGAAUUAUGCGGACAAUACGGUCACGAAUUGAAAGAAUGCAGAGGGUAAUUCAUUUAUUUUUCCAAAUUCAAACUUUUACAAAAUGAUUUUCAGAAUGGAAAAUGAUGCAGACCUUGGUGAAGAUUAUUGUAAACCAGAAAUGCGUGAGAAAAAUUUCAUUUUCUUACGUAUUCCGGUUCUACGAGAAUAUCUUGAAAAAGAAUUGGCAAUGCCAAAUCUACCAUUCAAUUAUAGUAUCGAAAGAGCAAUCGAUGAUUGGGUUUUUCUUUGUUUUUUCGUUGGAAAUGAUUUUUUGCCACAUCUUCCAUCAUUGGAAAUUCGAGAAGGAGCUAUUGAUCGACUUAUCAAAUUAUACAAAGAUAUGGUGUAUCAAAUGAAAGGAUAUUUGACAAAAGAUGGAAUUCCUGAUCUUGAAAGAGUUGAAAUGAUUAUGAAAGGACUUGGAAAAGUUGAGGAUGAAAUUUUCAAACGAAGACAACAAGACGAAGAGAGAUUCAAAGCAAAUCAAAAAGCCAAGAAACAACGAAUGGGAAAUGGUCGUGGAAGAGGAAGAGGGAGAGGUGGACCAGCAUUUGUUCCACAUCAAGGAUCACUUCUUGCACCAAUGUCUACACCACAACAUUUUUCGGGAGAACAAACAAGACAAAUGGCAUCAGAGGCGAGAGUUUUCGCAAUGAAUUAUAAUGAUCAAGCAAAUGAAGAAGCAGCUAGAAAUUUGAAGAAUUUGUUGAAUGUGAAAGGAGAACAAUCACCAGCAGAAAUUGAGAGUUCGAGAAAAAGAAAAGCUGAGGUUUGUUUUUUGAAGUGUUGAUUUUUUUUUUUUUGAUAAUUGAUUUUUCAGCAACCUCUCAUAAAUCCACAUAAUGAAGACGAAGAUGAAGGUCCGCCAGAUGAGAUUCGUCUUUUCGAAUCUGGAUUCAAAGACAGAUAUUAUCGAGCUAAAUUUGAUGUGAGCUCAGACGAUCUCGAUUUUAGAUAUCGAGUUGCUUGGGCUUAUGUUGAAGGACUUUGUUGGGUAUUGAGAUAUUAUUAUCAAGUAAGUUGCGAAAAAUUAGAUAUAGAAAAUAAAUAAAACAAUCACAGGGUUGUGCAAGCUGGGAUUGGUAUUUUCCAUAUCAUUAUGCUCCAUUUGCAAGUGAUUUUGAAACAGUCGGUCAAUUUGUUCCUGAUUUCUCAAGAAAGACGUUUCCUUUCAAUCCAUUGGAACAACUUAUGAGUGUUUUCCCUGCAGCUUCCAAGUGAGUUUCAAUGUUUUUCUUUUUUUUUCUAUUUUGUUUUUUUUUCAGACAACAUUUGCCAACAGAAUGGCAAAAAUUGAUGAUUGAAGACGAUUCCCCGAUUAUCGAUCUGUAUCCAGCUGAUUUCCGAAUAGAUUUGAACGGAAAGAAAUUCGCCUGGCAAGGUGUUGCUCUUUUGCCUUUUGUUGACGAAGUUCGUCUUCUCGAAACUGUCAAAAGUGUUUAUCCAACAUUGACAGAAGAGGAAAAAUAUAGAAAUCAACGAGGACCAAAUCGAAUAUUCAUUGGAUCAAAACAUCCAUCUUUCGAAUAUUUCAAACAAGUUUAUGAAGGUGAAAAUACUCAACAAAUGAUUGAUAUGGAUCCGAAGUUGUUGAAUGGUGUUAGUGGAAAAAUCGGAGCCGAUAAAACAGCGAUUAUGCCUGGAAAACCAUUCCAAUCACCUGUAAAUCAUGUAGAAUGUCAAGAUAUUCCAGUAUGUUUUUUUGAAGCAAAAGUUCAACAAAUCUACAUUUUAUUUUUCAGAUGAAUUCUGGAAUUUGUGUAUUAUAUGAGGAUCCAGAAUAUCCAGAAGAUUAUAUUUUCCCAGCUGUUCGAUUAGAUGGUGCAAAAGAACAAGAAAAAACAUUGAGACCAGAAGAUUGGAAUGAGAGAAGAGAUGGACAAUUUCGACCAAUGAUUGGAUUCAACAGAAAUGCUCCAAGAGCUGGAUUAGCUGAUUCGGGUCAUAGACAUGUUAAUCAUCAUGUGAGAGGUGCCAACAACUAUAAUAAUGCUAAUAAUUAUGGUGAGUUGGGAUAUUUUGUGUCUAUGUUUUAUGUUUAACAUCACCGGAGAAUUUUUGGACUUUAGGAAUUCUUUUUGCGUCUUCUAAACAAAAAAUUAGAAUAUAUUCAAAAGAUUAUUCUGGACCGUAAUAGUUCUAUUUGAAGCAUUAGGAAAAUGUUAAAUUUUCAAAAUUUUGACACAAACACCGUUUUUUCUUCAAAAUUUCAUAAUGAAUUUUGGCUUCUUUUUCACAUUUUCAAUUAAUUUUUACAGGUUCAUAUGGUGGAGGUGGAAGAGGAGGUGGAUAUCGUGAUAAUUAUCAAAGAAGAGACAACAAUUAUCAACAAAGAGAUUAUGCAGGAAGAGAUGGCGGUGGACCACAAAGAAACCAAUAUCAGCAACAACAUCAUCAAAAUCCGAAUUAUGGACGUGGUAAUUAUUCGAAUAAUUAUCAAAGAGGAGGUGGUCCACCAGGUAGAGGAUUUGGACAAAAUCGUGGAGGACAACAACGUGGUUAUCAAGGCAACAACUCUUGGAGAUAA